AUGUGGAAAUUCGUCGUCGUUGGGAUUUCCCUCAUAUCAUUUGCCAAUUGCCAACAGAACAAUGGCACUAGGCAGAUGACGUGCUCUACAAAUGUCAGGAGCGGUACGUUGAGAAGAAGAAGAAGAAUAUAAAUCCAUUAAAAAAAUAAAUUGAAAACUGAAAAUUUCACUUUUCUCGGUCAUCGGUAACACACUGGGAUAAGUUUUAGGGGGCCCUAUAGGGGGUAAAUUAGGGGCCCCUUUGGAGGGGGCCCUAUAGGGGCCCCUAAAUGAAACUCCUAUAGGGACCCCUACAAAUUUUUUUAGGGGUCCCUUUAGGGGGGCACGGAAAAUUUUUGAAAUAGCUCCGGGAGGAAAUAGAGAAACCCUUAUUGAAUGCGAAUCGUUAACACAUCCGCAGUAAACUCAUCUCAUUGCGUUUGAAACUGUUUCCAAAUUUAUUGAAAGGAAUUGAAAACAUUAAAAGCAAUCAGGAUCAUCAAUGGGAACAGAUAGACAUAAGUAACAAAAAAACGAGCAAAAAACUGAAGAUAUGUAUACGUAACAGGAUAUUCGAGGAAGCAAAAAAACUUUUGGCCGUAAAAGACCCGUAUAAAUAUUUGACACGUCUAAAUCACUGCCAACGGAAACCGUAUUGAUCAAUCUAAUAGAAGCUCUUCAAGACAAUAAAGAUACGCCUAAAGCAUAUUGAUAUAAGCGCUACUUGCGAAAAAAUAGAAGAAAAACGCGUUGUGUCAAGGCAAAUGGUUGGGCAACUUUCAAUAAAAAACGUUGGGACUUCGACACGGAAACGGUUGAAACUACUUACAUAAGGGCAAAAAGUUUGGCACAUAUAAAAAAGAACAAUUGAACAGUGAGCAAAAAACAACCAACUUUGACAUUUGAAAGCAACUUAUUGAAUUGCUCGGCCCGCGGUAAUCUUCCGUUGAUUCUGGUUCAUGUGGCGGCUCAAAAUUUCCGUCGGCUGAUUCCGUGCUUCUACGAUCAUUUAUCAUUAUCAACAUUUUCGAUAUACCUUUCAGAAUCUUCAUCGCUGCUGUAGAACCAAUGCGCAUCAAUAAAAUCGCGACUCCGCGGCAUCUUAAUAAAAAAUUAAGUCUUCUUUAACGAGCAAUAAUCGAAUAGAAUAUAUAAACACGCAUCAUUUACAUCAAAAACCUCCAACAAACAUCAUCUACCGGUGAAUUUCUGACGGUUUCACACAAUCCCGUAGACUAAUUAUACAUAGACGAAACUCUGAAAAUACCAAAAUAAAAAAAUACUCUGAACAUAUUUACAUAAACGAAUAUAUCAAUUGUACAUAAACGAAACACUGAAAAAUACUGAACCAAUGUACAGAUUGCCGUGUUAACUUUUAUGGAGCAAAAAAAAAUACGCACAAAUCAUUAUAAUACAAUUUGAAACCAUAACGAAAAAAUCCUACUGACAACUCGUUCGUGAAUAACGUAUUACUUCCUUAAGCACCACAGAAAUUGAUGAAAUAUAAAUAGAAGUUAUAAAGUUAAACUAAAAACUGGGUCGACUGAGUCAACUCAAAACUUAGAAAAAUGAGAAAGAUAUUUAAAAAAACCACGUUCGUUCCAAGGGGUCUUCGCGACCCCUUGAGGGUCUUGCAAUUUUUAGGGGAGCGAUUUAGGACCCCCUAUAGGGGGCCCUAAGGAUUUCCCCCUAAAAAGGCCACUUGCAGACCCCCUAUAGGGCCCCCUAAAAUCGCGACCCCCUAUAGGGCCCCCUAAAACUUAUCCCAGCAAACCGGGCGCGCCCCAGACGUUUUUAAAGAAUUUCUAGUGACCACUUUAGUGACAUCAGCACUUUUAAGUGAUCCCUAGAACUGCUCAGAAAAGUCCAGUUUGCGAGGUAAAUCAAGUAAAGAUAAGGUUACUUUUCAACUUCGAUGAGUCCAUUUUGCAAAAACAUGAAAAUUUCAGCUUGUUUCGCCGGAAGAUGUCCAACGGGCUUCCAGUGUAUCAACGGCGGCUGCUGCGACGACAAGAGCGUCGUAAUCCCAGGUAAUCUUCUAGAAACCGCAGAGUGACCCCUGGAGGGGUAAGGGAAAAAAAAGCCCCUGGGAAAAUUGAGCCUUUAAAGAAGGCUGAAAUUUAGGGGGUCCCGAUAGAGGUUUAGGGUUUGAACCCGAAGCUUAAGUAGCCCCUAUAGGGGUCUUUUUUUUAAUUUUUUUUUGGCAUGAAAGUUCUCCUUCUAAUAAAGCUCAUAACAAUAAACGACUAGCACGUCUCUCAGUAGUGGCCACUUUAGUAAAAUUUAGUUCCCAUAUAGGGGUGGUAAGGUGGUCCCUACAGAGGCACCUUUAAUUGCCCUAAAGUUUGCGCCUCUAGGGACCACUCUAAUGUUCCUGUUUGAGUUGAAAAAGGUACAAAAUUAUUGAUCCAGGCGGCGACUGUCAGGACUACGUGGCCGACUGCUCCUCGAUCAACUGCAAAGGAAUCGACGUCCAGGACUUCGCCCGUGCCAACUGCGCCAGAACCUGCAACCUCUGCUACGACACCGGACCUGUCAGCCCCGGUAAAGUCGUCAAUUGAUUCAGCUUGUAGAAAGGUUAUUCAGAAUACGCCUGCACUGACCUUCUGAACGACUGUCGCGAGAGGACGUCCCUCUGUCGUGACAUCAACUUCAUAGGAAUGAUGGCUUUGUACUGCCCCAGGACUUGUGCUCUCGGCACUUAUGUCGACGUUGACGCUCAAUGUGGCGACACAUUGGCCAAGUGGGUUAGAGAAGAGGACGGGUUGAAACUGUUAAGAAGCUAGAGAAUGCUGAGGUGUCAAACUUGGCUCCGAAAUCGGAAAACGCCUUAUGGAAACAUUUCUAGCUGCACAAGCCGCGGAGAGUUCUGCACGUCGAGCGGCGUCUCCGCGUACCAGAAGACGGUCGGAUGCGGUCGCACCUGCGGACUCUGCUCAGGUGAAUCCCGUCCAACCGACCGAGGCGACCAUUUUCUCCGCGACUACUGGGGACAGCUUCCUUCAGAGGGCUUACAGUCUUUUCCGCAGGAACUGAGCGUUUCCAGCCAUGCUUGGUGA